UUACGGCAACGAUCUUAAAUGUCUUUCAUAUAGGGAUGGAAUAUUGCAUAUACAAGAAAAAAACUUUCUCGGUUGACACUGAUGAUUUUAUUGGUCCUUUCUAUUUGGGCAAUUUAUCAACAACAUAUGCAGAUUCAGGAGCUGAUAUUUGGUCCCCAGACGGUCUAAUUGGAAUCAAACUUGAUGAUGAUAAGUAUUUGAAGAAAUUUGUUGGCGUUUAAAUUUUUGGUUCUAUCUAUAUUGAUCUUAAAUAUAUUAAUGAUUAUUUUUAUAUUUUUAUAAAUUUUUGCCUUUUUGCAACUGCUAAAAAUAUCUGUUAAUUUUAUUACGGAUUUCAUUUUUUCCGUUUAUCGAUUUUAUAUAAAUUUCUCACAUUUAAUUCUAAAAAAUAUUUUCAACCCCAAAAUAUCUUCAUCAUGUCAAGUUUCCAUUUUUCUUCAAAAGUGCUUAAUUUAGUUGACACGAGACCAAAAGCUGAUGAAUUGAAGGGAGCUGUUAAAUUGGAUCCAAAUUUGAAGGAAUAUUUGCAGUUUGGAGAUGAAUCAGUAAAGAAAUCAAUAUUAAUUAAUCAAUCCAAUUGCUUGAAUUCUACGACGUUUGUAACUUUCAGUAGGCAGUUAAAUACACACUUUAUUAUGAGACCAACAGUUUUACCUCAAAUUCUCGUUCAUUUGACAGAAAUGCUAGUUGGAAUUUUGGGGAUUUGUAGCGACUCUUCUAGCGUUGCUCGCCGUUUUGGCCUUUCAAAAGUUCCUCGUUUCUUUCGUUUAGUUCUUCAAUUAGAACGGCCUUUCUACGAUUUAUUUAGAAUUCUUGUUGAGCUGUUUUGUCGAACAUGGAAGGAUAUGAAUGCAAAGUUUGGAAUUUUUUAUUUUUGGGAAUUAUGGGAUAAAAUGUCUCUUUUUGUUUUUGAGAGUUUUUAA